AUGGAUACAUUAAAUAUAACAACUUCUUUUUUUAUUGAAGUUAUGCCUUCAAACAUUUCUACCUUAACUACCACAGGACCACAAUUUGCAAGACAAUUGAUGCGUUUUAAUAAUCAAACAGUUGUUAGUAAAGUACCUGAAGAGAUGUUACAUUUAAUUGAUUUAUAUUGGUAUCAAUUUCCACCAUUGGAUCCAUUAUGGCAUAAAAUCUUAGGUUUAGUUAUGAUUAUAUUAGGUAUUAUGGGAUGGUGUGGAAAUGGUGUAGUGGUUUAUGUAUUUAUAAUGACACCAUCUCUAAGAACACCAAGUAAUCUUCUUGUGGUAAAUCUUGCUUUCUCUGAUUUUAUUAUGAUGGGUUUUAUGUGUCCGCCUAUGGUAAUUUGUUGUUUUUAUGAAACAUGGGUUCUUGGUAGCUUAAUGUGUGAUAUUUAUGCAAUGGUUGGAUCAUUAUGUGGAUGUGCUUCUAUAUGGACUAUGACAGCUAUUGCUUUAGAUAGAUAUAAUGUUAUAGUAAAAGGUAUGUCUGGAACACCUCUUACUAUCAAAAGAGCUAUGCUUCAAAUUUUAGGUAUUUGGCUUUUUGGUUUAAUAUGGACAAUUUUACCUUUAGUAGGAUGGAAUAGAUACGUUCCGGAAGGUAAUAUGACAGCAUGCGGAACGGAUUAUCUUAGUCAAGAUUGGACUUUCAAAUCAUAUAUAUUAGUUUAUUCUUUUUUCGUAUAUUACACUCCAUUAUUCACUAUUAUUUACAGUUAUUAUUUUAUCGUUUCGGCUGUUGCGGCUCAUGAAAAAGCAAUGAAAGAACAAGCAAAAAAAAUGAAUGUCACUUCUUUACGAUCUGGAGAUAAUCAAAACACUAGCGCUGAAGCGAAAUUAGCAAAGGUAGCGCUAACGACAAUAUCGUUAUGGUUUAUGGCAUGGACACCAUAUCUUGUGAUUAAUUAUAUUGGAAUUUUUAAUCGAUCUCUUAUCACACCCCUUUUCACAAUAUGGGGUUCCCUCUUUGCAAAAGCGAAUGCAAUAUAUAAUCCUAUUGUUUAUGGAAUUAGCCAUCCAAAAUAUAGAGCUGCGUUGAAAGAAAAACUACCCUUCUUAGUAUGCGGCUCGACGGAAGAUCAAACUGCUGCAACUGCAGGAGACAAAGCUUCGGAAAAUUAA